AUGGAAACAUACAGAGCACGUACCCGUCCCAAAUCAUCUCCAUGGGUCACAUUCCAUUGUUGCCGCGAUCCUUCAAAGGGAACACCAAAUUUGUUCACCGGUUAUCUAAUCGCUAAGACUGGAUCAUCGCAAGAAACGCAAACAGUAGCGGAAAACUACGAGAAAUGCGUCUUCAGGCAGUUCGGCGCAAGUGAGGUCAUCAGACAUGCUCGAGAACCAGGGUUCAUGGUGGAUUUCUUCCGUUCGUUCGGUCGAAUAGUGACGAUAAAACAACGUGCGAUGAUGGCAUACCGCACUCGAGGUAAUUAA